GGAACUGGCAACUUUGCAAGUAUAGCAAGUUUUGAGAUCUCUUCCGUUUAUCGGUUCAUCACAAUCUUCAAUCCGUUUCUGAUGGCAGCCCUGCUCAUUUUCAAAUUGCUGAUACCUUUCAUGCUCGUUGUGUGCACGUUUACUGCAAUUACCAAAAUGGUGAAAGUUCCAUUACUGGGAUGCUAUUUUCUGGUGAUAAUAUGCUCGGACAUCAUGACAGUUCACUUCUUCUUCCUGGUACGGAAUACGGGAAGCUGGAUGGAAAUCGGGAACAGCAUCAGCCAUUUCGGAAUCAUGAGCGCUCAGGUUGUUUUUGUGCUUCUGUUGUUUGCUGUCACCACUCUUUACACUAAACAAUCCAGAUUAGAUCAUCCAAACGCCAUUCUCGAAAGCAUAUGUGAUUUUUCACAUUCCUUUUCUUCUCAAACUUCUUCACUUAAUUCAUUCAUGCCCAAUUUUGUGACAUCUCAUUUGCAAUUUGUAUAA